AUGUCACAAAUCCUUCGAUUCCGCUCCACGUGGGGUGUUGACACAGGCGAUAACUACGAGAACUGGGCAAAGUGGCUUCCGACCUUGAAAGAUCAAGGUUACGUGGGAAUUGAAGUUGACAUAGCUCCUCUGCACAACAUAUCCACGAUCCGUCGCCUUUGCGAUGAAGUCGGCCUAGAAAUCUGUGUUAUGAUCCAUUCCAAAUGGCCUUGUUAUGCAGGUCCAAAGCCGGUGGGCCUGACUCCAAAAGACCAUCUUGAAAACUAUCGCACCCAGCUCGAGAUUGCCAAAACUCUUAAGCCAUUCAAGAUUAACGCACACUCUGGCGAUGAUGGGUGGUCAACCGACCAAGCCGUUGAAUUCUUCACGGGCACUCUCGCCAUCGAUGCCGAGCUCGGACUGCAAGGCAUGGUGAGCCAUGAAACUCAUAGAAACCGGGUAUUUUUCAACCCAUACUCUACCGUGGCAGUUUUGAAAAGGGUCCCAAGUCUGCAAGUUACGGCCGACUUCUCCCAUUUCGUUGUCGCCUGUGAACGUCUUCUAGACCAGGGCGAGGAGGACAAGGAACUUCUCCGCACUAUCAUUCCUCGUGUAACCCAUAUCCAUGCAAGAAUCGGAACAACGCAAUCGUCGCAAUGCCCAGAGCCCACCAACGACGUGUUCAAAGAGGAAAGGCGAUUUUUUGAAGAUUCCUGGAAACAGAUUAUCCAGUCGAUUGUCCGAAGGAACUCAUCCCCAGUUACUUUUGUUCCUGAAUACGGACCAUUCCCAUACCAUCCCUUCGGCGCUGCUGCUAACUACUCCGACGUUGCUGAUAGUGAAGGUCGUCGCCUUCAGACCCUCUUCGAGACAUUCGCCAAGGAGGCGGCCUCGUAA